GGUACAAAUAGUUUUUUGUUAGACCAUAGCUGAGCCGGUGAGCCCAUAUUAUUAUUUUCUCCAUAAAAAUUGUUUGCAACUGCCCUGGCAAGCACCUAAACGAUACUCCUAUGGCGGAUGAAAUGGGAAAGGAGCGCUCAACCAGCGGCAGCACCGAAGCCGACGAGGAUGAUUACGAAGAAAUAGAAGAAGAAGACGAUGAUGGAGAAGAAGUAGAGCAGGUCAGCGAAGAAUCCCGAGUGCGGACCGGUAAGGCGAGGAUAGAGAGCUUCUUCCGGCGACUGUCGUCGGAGGGAGUCCCGGUGCGAGUCCACGACGUGUUGAUCAGAGGGAACACUAAGACUAAGGAUUCCGUAAUUGAGGCCGAGGUGGAAUUACUCAAGUCUGCAACUACGCUCCAGGAGUUGCUCCAGGCAUCCAGUUCUGCCAAUGCAAGACUGCAACAACUCGACAUUUUCGAUUCCGUCAACAUCACUCUUGAUUCCGGACCUCCUGAGCUUCCCCGGACUGCCAAUGUGAUUGUUGAAGUCAUUGAAGCCAAAAACCCUAUUGCUGGAAGCAUCGGGAUGUUCUCGAAACCAGGGUCUAGAAGCUGGUCGCUUGAAAGCUCAUUAAAAUUGAAAAACUUAUUUGGUUAUGGUGAUUUGUGGGAUGGUUCUUUGGCCUAUGGUUGGGACCAAUCUUCGGAAAUUAGUGCUGGUGUGUAUUUACCUAGGUUCAAAAGGUUAAUUACUCCUGUCACAGCCAGACUGUCUCUACUAUCUCAAGAUUGGUUGAAGUUUUCUUCAUACAAGGAAAGAUCGUUAGGCCUUUCCCUUGGUCUAUUGUCAUCUAAAAACCAUGACUUAGCAUACAAUGUCUCUUGGCGAACUUUGACUGAUCCGUCACAAAUGGCCUCCAAGACUGUAAGGAGGCAGCUCGGACAUGGUUUGCUCUCAGUUCUCAAGUAUACAUUUAAAGUAGACAGGAGGAAUUCACCUUUAAGACCAACCCAAGGGCUUGCAUUUGCUUCUACCUCACAGAUUGCUGGCCUUGUACCAGAUUCUCGGAGCAUACGGUUUCUACGUCAGGAGUUUGAUUUUCGUUAUGCUUUACCUUUGGGAUUUUACAAUGCCGCACUGAACAUUGGGAUUUCAGCUGGCGCAAUGUUUCCAUGGGGAACUGGAUUCAUGAACAUGCCCUCAUAUCUACCUGACAGAUUUUUUAUGGGUGGUAACACUUCUCCAGUCUGCUCUAUGGGUGGCCCAACUUCAAUCUUCGGUUUUAAGUUGAGGGGAGUUGGCCCUUUUGAUCCAAGAAGGCUAGUUAAAGAAAGUGGUAGUGAUCAUGAAGUUUCUGAUUCUUCUGAUCUGGACUUCGUUGGAGGAGAUCUUGCAGUUACUGCUUUUGCAGAUGUUUCUUUUGAUCUUCCAUUGAAAGUCCUUAGGGAAGCUGGAAUACAUGGACAUGCUUUUGCAUGCACCGGAAGCCUUAACAAAUUAAGUGAAAAUGCAUUCCGAGACCUCUCUUUCCAGAAGUUCCGUGACUCGUUUAAAGCUUCAACAGGAUUCGGAGUCAUAGUUCCAACUAAACUGUUCAGGAUGGAGGUUAAUUACUGCCACAUACUGAAACAAGGAGAGUAUGAUAGAGGGAAGACUGGGUUGCAGUUUAGCUUUUCUUCGUCUUUCUAAUAGCAUAAAAAAAUAUCCAUCAUGUUUAAGAUUACCGUCCAAGUAAAAACAUCCUCAAUCAAUUGGUCUAGCAUCAAGAGCAAUGUGGAAGUUGGCUUCUUCGUGUAAAUCGAUUUUUUUUUUGGGAUAAUGGUUGGAACCCGUGGACAUGCUGAAUCAGUUGAGAGCACCUUCUUAUAUGCGGAGGUGUACAGAUGAUGGAAUAUUAAAGCAUUGUUCAGACAACCAACGAUUUAUUUAAGGUUCUGGGUUGAUUUUGGGAGACGUGUUUAGUCUAGCGAAGUUGGGUAUCCAGUUUUAUUUUAUACGUAGUAUAAAGGAAUUUUAUCAAUUCAGGAUUCAAAAGACAGACGAAUUAUCAAUUCGGGACCUAAAAGAUCAAAUGCAUUGAUAUAGGAUCCAAAUGAUCAAAAACUAUCAAUUUAGGAUUUGAAUGAUUGAAAACUAUCAAUCUAAGACCUAAGUUGUCAUAAUCCAAC